CUGGGGGCGGAUCCUGGGGCUUCCUCCCUCUAGGUCCAGGGCGGCGGCUGCUGAGGAGGUAGCUGAUGCAGGUUUCCAUCCCUGGGGCAUGAUCAUGCAGCUGGGCCUGGCCCUGGUGCUCGGAGUGGCCCUGUGCCUGGGGUUUGGCCAGCCCCUGCUGUGGGUUCCUGAACGCCCCUUCUCUGUGCUGUGGAACAUACCCUCAGCACACUGUAAGACUCGCUUUGGCGUGCACCUGCCGCUAGAGGCCCUGGGCAUCACAGCCAACCGUGGCCAGCGUUUCCAUGGCCAGAACAUCACCAUCUUCUACAAGAACCAGCUCGGCCUCUAUCCCUACCUUGGGCCCAGGGGCACAGCUCACAAUGGGGGCAUCCCCCAGGUUGUCCCUCUUGACCGCCAUCUGGCACGGGCUGCCUACCAGAUCCACCACAGCCUAGGACGUGGCUUCGCUGGCCUGGCAGUGCUAGACUGGGAGGAAUGGAGCCCACUCUGGGCUGGGAACUGGGGCCGCCGCCGAGCCUAUCAGGCAGCCUCAUGGGCUUGGGCACAGCGGAUAUUCCCCGACCUGAGCCCCCAGGAGCAGCUCCACAAGGCCCAUGCUGGCUUUGAACAGGCAGCCCGGGCCCUGAUGGAGGACACAUUGCGACUGGGCCAGGCACUGCAACCCCAUGGGCUCUGGGGCUUCUACCGCUUCCCAGCCUGUAGCAAUGGCUGGCAUGGUAUGGCUUCCAAUUACACGGGCCACUGCCACCCAGCCGCUCUCGCCCGCAACACCCAACUUCAUUGGCUCUGGGCUGCCUCCAGCGCCCUCUUUCCUAGCAUCUACCUCCCACCCAGUCUGCCCCCUAUCUACCACCAGGCAUUUGUCCGAUACCGCCUGGAGGAGGCCUUCCGUGUGGCCUCCGUUGGGCAUCCACAGCCCUUGCCUGUCCUGGCCUAUGCCCGCCUCACACACCGGAGCUCUGGGAGGUUCCUGUCUCAGGAUGACCUUGUGCAGACCAUUGGUGUGAGCGCAGCACUCGGGGCAGCCGGCGUGGUGCUCUGGGGGGACCUAAGCUUCUCCAGCUCUGAGGAGGAGUGCUGGCAUCUCCAUGACUAUCUAGUGGGCACCCUGGGCCCCUAUGUAAUCAACGUGACCAGGGCAGCCAUAGCCUGCAGUCACCGGCAGUGCCACGGCCAUGGGCGCUGUGCCUGGCAAGAUGGAGGACAGCUGGAAGCCUUUCUGCACCUGCAGCCAGAUGGCAGCCCUGGAGCCUGGGAGUCCUUUAGCUGCCGUUGUUACCCAGGCUGGGCUGGCCCUACCUGCCAGGAGCCCAGGCCUGAGCCCAGGCCUGAAGAAGCAGCAUAAAGCCAGAAGUUACCUGUCCCUGAGUCUCUUGUCCCUGCUGCCAUUUUUCCAGUCCUGGAGGGAGGACUCUGUCUCGCUCUUGUUCUAUUCAGUUUAUAGUCAGUCCUCCUACACAACCCCACUUCCCAUGGGACCCCUGGGAAGUGGAAGGGGCCAGAAAAAAAGGUUUACACCUUUUUAUUUUAUUAUUAUUUUGCUUACACCAUUUUAAAACCAAAGGUCCUCUGAGAUCACUUGAUCCCUUCUGAUAAGGAAGCAGCCCUGGGGAGAGUCACCGUUCCAGAUGGUUAGUGUUGCCAGCCCAGAGCUCUGUUCCACCUCCUCACUGGGUCCAUGGAGAGGUCACAGGAGACCCGUCCAGGGACAGGUGGGCUCCAGGAUCUUGGCUAAGGUCUGUAAGUGCUAAGCUGUAGUCUGUCCUCUGCUUCAUCAUAAAGUCACUUUUUCUUUCACUGCC